UGGGUGGGCCUCUCUCACCCUAGGGUAAGAGUUCUCACCCCGUUCUCACCCCUCUCACGCCAGUCUCCAGGCAACUCACCCAUAUCACCCACACUCACCCUAGGAAUAUGUGGCUUAAGUACGGCUGAGCGGACGGGAAGCCCUGUUCUCCACACCCUAUGGUCGUAUGUGUUGAAAUGGCGUUUUAAGAGAAAUAUGAAGUAA